UUCUAAGUAAUACAAUUUCUGAGUAAGACUAAAUUAGACAUGGUAUCUAAUCUUAGUUUUGUGCAAAUCCUCAAUAAAGAUUCUUGAUCAGAUUUGACCCCAGGUUACCCAUUAAGUCACAUCUCUAGCUAGCACUUAGGUAGUGCACUCACUUUCUCUCUCUCACUCUACCUCCCUCUCUAAAUCUCAGCAGUCCUACUACAUUCUCUCAAGACCCCUCAAUUAGUGCUCCUCCAAACUGCCCUUCUUCUCCUCUUUCCUGGUUAACUUUCUUGCACUCUCAGGGGUCAGCUCCCUCUCAUUUACCUAUUAGGCAUCAAGCAGAACAUCUCCCCUGACUGCUGACCUCUAAGGUCCGUCCUCUCAAGCAUUUUCAGAAUACCUAUAUCCUAACACUUAUUAAUGUGCUGAAUUGUAAUUAUCACUCCCACUGGACUAUAAACUCCUUGAGGUACAGAUUGAAUCUUAAUCCCCUUUUGUAAAAGAUUGCUAGACACUCAUCAGACAACUGGUGAGUGAAGGCUCAUACCCUCUGCAUAACUUGUGCAGACUACAAAAGCGCUGAGAUUCUGCAUCUGAAGUACUUUCCUCUUGUCAUGUGGGAAUAAUGCCAUACCUAGCUCAUAAGGAUUAAAUAAGGUAUCAUGAAGCUCUCCAUACAGUAGUGUCUGCUACAAAGAACUACCACUUGAAUGUCUGCUAUUUCAUGUCUUAGUUACUCUAAUGUAUCCCAGGAAAUGUAAUGUUGUGAUCAGUUAUCACGCUGAUGGCUUAGUGACCAUCCUGUCUUUUGCAUGCAUACAGAAGUCAGAAGUCACUAGUUACCUUCUGAUCUUCAAGCAUGUUAUUUGCUGUGUACCUACUAUGUGCAGGAGUCCUUACCAGGUAUCACUACACUCUCCAAGCAAUACUAGUAUUAAAUAGUAAGACAAAAACUUAUACCAAUAUCCGAAAGAGAAAGAAUGUUAUUCGUUUUUCUGUAUAAUGAGUAUUUCUCAAACGAUAAGUUUUGCUUUAUAAUAACAGUAAGCUUUAAGAAAAAUUACUGGUGGAAAAAGUUCAAAAUUUAACUCGUCAUCAAAUAGGCCAGCGACAGAAGACAGUUCCAAAAUUUCUUUUCCUAUCCCUAAGUUUCACUUUUGCUUAGAAGUAUUUCUCACAAAGAAAACUAAGCAUGAUCAGGCCAGAGGUAGAUGACCCUUAUCUGUUCACUCAAAUGGGAAUUCCACAGAUAUUCCCCUAGGUUGUUCCCAAUUAGUAUUUAAUUUUGUAGCCUAAAAAAUGGCCCGAGUUUUAUUUACCCCGUUAUCUCCUCUAAGGUUAAAUCAAAUAAAUCCUGGCCCCUCAGCAAAAAUUACAGAACUGUACAUCAUGUGACAGUAUUAGAAAAGGAGGCUGCGGACUUAAAACCAUUUCCCCCUUUCAAAUCUAGAGGUCAGAGUUCCAGUGAAGUUUGUGCAUUAUAUUUCACUGGUUUUAGUUGCUGCAGAGGGACCUCUAGCGCUACCUCAAUAAGCCGAGUUUGCAAAUAGUAGCUGCUAAUGUCACCUUAAUGAGACAAUGGCAACAUGCUGAGUAGCAACGAACUGAGUGACCACAAUGAAUGUUUACAGUUUUGCAUGCACUUGGAAAAUCUACCAGCUUGGUGCAUGAGUUAUAUACAAGGACGUAGGAACCUAUGUACACUCAAUUAUUUUACCAAUUUAUUUCAGCAAAACCUAUCAAAGAAUUUAUUAUCCUGUGCACACUUCCACUCCAGAAAAGGCUAAGAAAACAUGUCCUAAGAGCGGAGGUCAGAACCACCUCUUUCCCAAUGCCUGAACACAAUAGAUGGUAAACUAUUGUCCACCUUCAGCUCGCUUCAAAUGCCAGCCGUGUUCCGGAGUACGAGCUGGAAAAGCUCAGCGCGACUGGUCCAGAGCACGGCAUUGGAAUAUAGGAAAAUUAUCCUGGCGCAUCCUACCCUCCCCCAACCACCACCCUCAAACAAGUCGGUUACCCGGCUGGUCCCCACCCCCCUCUGCGGGCUGCCACCGCCCGCCUGGGCCCGGCUCGCAGAAGGUAGGCGCGGGACCCGUGGAGCCGAGGCUCCAUGUGCCGCAGCGCGGGAGUACCGAGCGGGCAGCGCCGGGCGGGAGGCUGCACUGGCAGCGAACGCGAGCUGCGGGCGGACCCAGCGGUUCGGCCGACGGCGGCAAGCAUCCCCGUCCGCCCGUCCGUCCUCCCGUCCGCCCGCCCGCGCGGCCCCGGCCCGCGGACCCCGCCUCAGCUCCACAUCCCUUCCCCGCCGCCACCAGGCCGCGCCCGCGUGACGGGGCCGAAAGCCCCGGCAUUUCCCGGUCCCCGCGCCGGCAGCUCCGGAGGGUGGCUGCAGUUGCCGGCCCGAGUCCCGCUGCCCACUCCACCCAGCCCAGGGCCGCGGUGACGGGAGGCGGUGGCUAACUCCGACUGACCGCAAGCCGGCGAGAAACAGCCUGGCGCUGGCCCCCCGCCCCUCC